CACUCGCCAACCACACACACAGCUCAAGGGUCGGAGAUGGCGAGGUUGCAGGUGCUAUACGUCCUCGCGGUGUCACUAGCGGUGCUGGUGGCAGCCGCAGAGGAGAAGGCGUCGUCGUCGUCGGAGGAGGAGCGGAAGGACGCCAAGGCGCAGCCGGUGAAGCGCGGCCUCCUCGGGCUGGGCUACGGCCUCGGCGGCUACGGCUCGCAGGUGGCCGACGCCCUCGUCCUGGGCGGACAGUCGCUACCCGCCUUCGGGGGCGGCCUCGGCGGCGGCUUCGGGGGCGGCGCCAUCGGCGGCGGUCUGAUCGGGGGCGGCUACGGGGGCGGCUACGGGGGCGGCUACGGCGGCGGCGGCGGCGGCGGCGGCGGCGGCGGCUACGCCCGCUACGGCGAGCACGUCAAGACCGUGGUGAAGGUGCCGGUGCCCGUCGACCGGCCGUACCCUGUCCACGUGAAAGUCCCCGUACCUCAGCCCUACCCCGUGGAGAAGCGCGUCGAAGUGCCCGUGCCGCACCCGGUGCCCGUGCACGUCAAGGUGCCCUACCCGGUGGAGAAGCGCGUCGAGGUCCGAGUGCCCUACCCGGUGCAGGUGCCCGUCGACAGGCCCUACCCCGUCCACGUCAAAGUACCAGUGCCGCAGCCCUACCCCGUCGAAGUCAAGGUCCCCGUCCCCCAGCCCUACCCUGUGGAGAAGCGCGUCGAAGUGCCAGUCCCAGUUGAAGUCAAGGUUCCCGUACACGUUCCGGUCGACAGACCCUACCCCGUCCACGUGAAAGUCCCCGUACCUCAGCCCUACCCCGUUCACGUCAAGGUCCCAGUGCCGCAGCCGUACCCAGUGGAGAAGAGAGUCGAAGUCCCGGUGCCGCAGCCGUACCCUGUAGAAGUCAAGGUGCCCGUCGACCGUCCUUACCCGGUUCACGUUCCGGUGGAGAAGCGCGUAGAGGUACCUGUCCCUGUCCACAUCAAGGUCCCAGUCCCACAGCCCUACCCAGUCGAAGUCAAGGUACCCGUAGACAGACCCUACCCAGUUCACGUCAAAGUACCAGUACCUCAGCCCUACCCCGUCGAGAAGCCGGUACCCGUCCCAGUACCUCAACCCUACCCCGUCCACGUCAAAGUACCGGUUCCUCAGCCGUACCCAGUGGAGAAGCGUGUCGAAGUACCUGUCGACAGGCCGUACCCCGUCCACGUGAAGGUGCCCGUGCCUCAGCCGUACCCUGUCGAAGUGAAGGUGCCGGUACCGCAGCCCUACCCAGUGGAGAAGCGCGUCGAGGUUCCCGUACCGCACCCCGUCCCCGUGCACGUCCCCGUCGACAGGCCGGUCCCAGUGCCACAGCCCUACCCGGUCCACGUCAAGGUUCCGGUCGACCGCCCAGUUCCCGUGCCACAGCCCUACCCCGUUCACGUCAAGGUUCCCGUCGACAGGCCCUACCCGGUGCCCGUGAAGGUGCCCGUCCCGCAACCGUACCCGGUGGAGAAGCGCGUCGAAGUUCCGGUUAAGGUGCCGGUGCCUCAGCCGUACCCCGUCGAAGUCAAAGUACCUGUCGACAGGCCUUAUCCCGUAGAAGUCAAGGUGCCGUACCCGGUGGAGAAGCGCGUCGAGGUGCCAGUUCAAGUGCCGGUCCCACAGCCGUACCCAGUCGAAAAGAGGGUCGAAGUUCCGGUGAAGGUGCCCGUGCCUCAGCCGUACCCAGUCGAAGUGAAGGUCCCCGUGCAGGUGCCCGUGCCGCAGCCCUACCCCGUCCACGUCAAGGUCCCCGUGGACCGUCCCGUCCCCGUGCCCCACCCGUACCCCGUCAAGGUGCCCGUCGACCGCCCCUAUCCCGUCAAAGUGCCCUUCCCCGUGCCAGUACACCAGCCUCACCCUAGCUACGGAUACGGGGUGAACGCCGGCUGGAAGAAGUAAGCAUCGGCAGCUAGGCGCAGCUAACCGGGGCAGAUAUCUGGACACAAACAGUGCGACACUGGAGCGCCACCUUCGUACGAAGGGACGUCCGAAGACCACCGGGGACACGCCGACCAGAAGAGCUGCCACUCCGCUGUCUGCAGUCCUGGAAGACGACAGCAGAACGCAGCGUUCGCCUAGAAAAAAAGCACGGAAGAGCUCCACAGCCACACCACCCUCUGGCUGACGCUUCUAGUGUUGCCCACCACACCCUCGAGCGUUGCUGUCUGACAUGGAAGCCCCUGGACAACACAGGUUCUUCCGCGUCUUCCAGGAGGCGGCAGAGCGGUGCCGGCCGCUCGGGACCCCGCCCCUUCCCGUCCUCCAGUGUGGACGGGCGCAGCUUCAGCGUCGCGCGGUAGUCUUCUUCGCCCUGAAGACUGCGGCGCUCCGGCGCGCCGAAACGUUGUACAGCACAUCUCAUCCCUCACGUCCUCCUCGUCGCCGACGACACCCCUCAUGGAUGCGCCUUCUCCUUUUUUUACUUCUGUUUUCGGUUUAUUUGUAAGUAUGUAUAGCCAUUGCAUCGUAACAGCCAUCACUUCCAUAUGUGUGUGUUUUAUACGUGUCUUUCGCGUCAUGUCUCAUUUUUCCUUUUUUAUACUGAAAUAUAGUGAAGUCAUUUUUGUAAAAGUAAA